AUGGAGGGAACUACAACCACCAAGAGUAUCAGUCAUAAUCUCAGCGGCGCCUCAGCCCUCGCCAAGUGGCGACGCCGGUCUCUCGUGCCGCCCUCGUGGGAGGACUCGAUCCGCUUUGUGAGCGUCAACGAGUCGGCCGAGGCGGGCAGGUCGCUGGCGCACGCGUUUGCGACCGACGCCAUGAGUCAGUAUGUGCUCGACGGCGACGACAUGGCGGAUUACUCGGACGAGCAGAAGUGGAAGCUUCAUGUCGACCACAUGACGUACAUGGUGGCGGCUCACUGCUACAAAGGCGUCGUAACGGCCAUCGGGUCCGACUACGACGCUGUUGCUCUGUGGCUGCCUCCUGGUCAGCAGAUGGAUGACUGGUGGACGUCGCUGCGCAGCGGUAUGUGGAGGCUGUACUACCAGCUCUCGGCCGAGGGCAGGAGACGCUACUACGAUGAGAUGCUGCCUGUGCUGAACCAGACCAAGGAGGAGGUCAUGGGUGAGAGGGACAAGGACUGCUACUAUCUCGUCUACAUCGGUACCAAGCCCGCUGCUCAAGGCAAGGGAUACGCGGGCAAGCUGAUCCGCGACAUGGCCGACGCCGAGAACCGCCCCAUGUACCUUGAAGCCAGCACCAAGCGCAACAGCGAAUACUACGCCAAGUUCGGCUUCAAGGUCAAGCGGCCCGUCGUCUUUGAGAACGGCCCGGAGCCCAUCACCAUGUACAUCAUGGUCCGCGAGCCCCAGACCCCUCGACAGUCCUGCGGCCCGGCCGUCAUGGCCACGGUAAAGUUCUAG